GAUGAGACGAGAAGAGCUGGAGUUGGGAGUGCGAGGAUCAGUAUAUGGCAGGGAAUUCUGUUUUGGAGAAGAUCGAAAGCCGUAUAGAUGUGAAAUUGGUUACUGCUGUGGAGAUACUGAAUGCUGCACCUACUACUAUGAGCUAUGGUGGUUCUGGCUCGCCUGGACUCUGAUUAUAAUGGCAGGAUGCUGCUGCGCUUAUCGUCAUCGUAGGAUCAAGCUUAGAAAUCAGCAGGAGCAAAGGCAGAGAGAGAUCAGUCUCAUGGCUUAUCAAGGAGUCGCUCCCUCGGCUGCAGUAGAGAUGUGGUCAAACUGUAAACUGCCUUCCUAUGAUGAGGUGACACAGGAACCUCCUACACCACCACCACCAUAUCAUGAGAUUUUGAGGGAACCUGCAACUAAUGUGAAUUCUGCUCCAUGUUCAUCCAAUUUGGACAGUGCACUACCAGAGCAGAGGGAGAACUUAACAGAGACACUGGGAUCCAGUGUGGUGUCAGAAGAAACUGUGCAAGCACAUACCACAGCCGAAUCUCUACUACAUUACGACAGGAAUCUUGAGGAGAAAAAGGGAAAUGCUUCAGAGCGCAGACGCCAUGUUACAGGGGAUUCUGGGAUAGAACUUUGUGAGCAGGAAGAAGAGGCAGUAUGCCUGGGUGAAGGUACAAGGAGAAUUCAGGUUUGGGAGCAGAACAGAGAGCGUUUAGGCUUGUGCAGAGGAGAAUCUCUAGGAGAGGAGUUGCAGCCGGCAUGUAUAGUGGAAGAGACAGGGAGUGCAGGAAAGUUUGAUUAUAAAGAAGAGGAAAACAACGUGAUCCUGUAGAGAGGAAUCAUUAGGGGCAGAAAGCUGAAGAUUGACAUUUUAAUAAAUAGAAUAGGAAUCUCUAAACAAAUAGCAUUCAUAUUAAUUAAACAGGACAGUGAGCCAGUGUAGUGUCCUGUUUAAAUACUUUUUGGGAAGGCAAUCAUUUGGCCAGUAGUCUACAAGGGCUUUUACUCCAGGGGUAACCAGAGGUAUAGCCAACCCUGUUAAACCCCUUUACCCUGGCACUGUAUUCUUGCACUGACGGCAUUCACUUACAAAGCUUUUGCACUUUGUUUUUGUAAAUUUAUAUUUGGAUUUUUUUCUAUUAUAUAUAUAUUUAGAGUUUUGCUACAACAUAUAGAAAACCAUUAAUGUUUUUCACAUGAUCUUCUGCACUGUGGAAAAUAUCCAUUCAUCAGAAGGGAAUAUGCAGAAAUAAAUACUAUUUGUCAUUGA